AUGGCCAAUUUUUACAAGGGGAAAAAUUCAAUUGUGAAGAGAGCAAACCAGAUAUGCACUCUUUGUGCUGCAAAUGUUGUUACUAUAUGUUUCUCCAUUUGCGGACAAAUGUAUGUAUUUGGUGAUGAAACUAUAAUCAAUGCUUUUGAAGAAGAAACUACUAUAGCACCCCAGUGCACACUCAAAUGCACCGCUCACAAACCCCCAAGAUAUUUUAAGCUUCAAAACUGGACAAACAAGAACAACAUCUCUGCUUCCUCAUCAUCUGCUUCUUCUUUCCACAUGGAGAAAGGACAAAAAAAGUGUGUCAAAAGUCCCAUAAACCCCCCUACUAAUAUGGAUGAGUUUUCAGAUAAGCUCAUUGUGCCUCAAAUCGAACAGUUGGAGGAGAAGAUGGAAGAGUUCAAAGAGAUUAUGGCUCAACAAUAUCUAUUCCUAAGAACUCAACUGAAUGUGACCGAAUCAUCUGCCAUGCAAAAGAUUGAUUAA